AUGUAUCGAUUAUUAGAAGAAAAGGGUAUAUAUGGCCAUCCAGAAGUGGUAGUUCCACCGUGUUUUGACUCAGACGAGGAGGAACCGAUCCGUGGUGCGAGUCCACUGCGUUCAUCGCGAACUCCGAAGUCGGAUGCUGAAGAUCCUGUUGACAUGGCACAAUCCAAAGCGUUAACAACCGGCACAUCCGGUAACGAAAUUAUUGAGCCAGCAAUACCGUUGGAAAAAGCAACUAAUUUGGAGGAUUUAAUACCAGUUAGUAAUCUGAGUCAUAAUCCAGCUGAUUUCGAAACUAGUGUGUCACUUACGAUCGACGAUUCAGACGAUCACCAUGCAGAAAGCGCAAAUCAAAACGACAUGAAUGAUCUAUCACGCAAUCGACAGGAUCCCGCUGAUCCAAAUCGCCGUAUGCAGACACUCCCGUAUCAGCAGUCAAUCACCAUAUCGAACGAACCUCUGGAUGAAGACGAUGAAAUUAUUGGUCAUCGUGGUUUCGAAUACCCCUCAGGACCACCGCCGGCCUAUUCGAGUGGUGAGCACACACCCGAGGAGAACCCGCUGAUUGGCGAGGAUGACGAGGACGUUGGCGCUCAGAUUCAACCGCGAUUUCAUGGUACCGAAAAUAUGUUUCUACUUUUAUUAGUGAGGAUCUUUCUCGUUUUGAGAACAGUACGCUUGGUAUGA